AUGUACUAUUUAGUCGCACGCUCAUUAGUUGGGCUUCAUCUUAAAGCUCUUCACGAAUUAGAUGCUGAUGGUUAUAACCCAAUGAAUUCUGAAGACUUUUGUAUCAGCCCAACCUUUACAGAUGAUUGUCCUCAAAGAACCUUAUAUACAUCAUCAAAUAAUAAUUUACACCAAUUUGGCUUCAGUCCUGUACCAAAAUCAAUUCCUCCCGCUCUUGUUUCAAAUCCAGAUCGUCGAGCUCCAGUUAAUAAAUCAUCAGCAUCGUCACAACCUGUAGAAAGUUCACCAACGCUCUCUCAACAGGGGGCAAAAUUAAGCUCUCCACAAACGUCCAUUUAUUUAACAGUUUUGGAAAAUAUCCGAAUGCUCGACAACGAAAGAAAUGAUAAACAGACGGAUAGCAAAACUCAGUCGUGGAUUAAACGUCUAAGUAUAGUGUCAGGAUUAACUUCAACGAGUAAAACAAAUGUCGGUCAUUCAGAGUUAAAUUCUAUCAGCAUGAAAUCUAUGUCAUUCAAUAUAUUACGAUUAGCUGUAGAGUGUACAUUAGAUGAGAACAAUGGUCUACGUCAUUCAGCCCAAAAAGCCAUUAAUGAUGUCGGAAGGCUAAUACGAUGGUAUGAUGCUGAUCUUUUGUUGGAAAUGAUUUCGUUGCAUAUGGUAGGUCCGCCAACUAUGAUGUCGUAUGCAACUUUAAAGAUUUUACGUGAUGGUCUAUCUGAAUUAUGCAUGUAUGAUGAAAUUUUACAAAAAGAAGAGGAAGAACCUGGUUUCACUGAGAAAUAUGCGAUUUCUGGAACUGUUCCGAUUUUAAAUGCAGCAUUGCUUUAUGGUUUGUUUUCGCCGGAUAGAUCAAGACUGUGGCUUCAAUGUUGCCAGCAAUAUAUUCUGGAUAGCACAAUGGCUCUUUUUAUCAGUACUUUAUCAAUAGAAUGUGCUUUGAGAACCCUUUGUCUUGUACACAGAUUGUCUAAUCUAUCACUCGUAGCAUGCACCUGGGAAAAUAUGAGGCCUAAUCCUUUUUCAAAUCUGCCAUACGCACAACGUAAACUAGAUCUAGAUGCGAAAGAUGUAGUAAGUUACUUUCGAACAAUCAAAAUUUACGAUAUUAUAUCCAUAUUAAACGCUUAUUGUAUCUGGUAA